AUUUUCAUUCUCUGAUCAUUUCGAGUUUGUAAAUUUUGAUCAAUUUGGUAAAAUUCCCUUUGAGAUUUCUUCGUUCUUUCUUUGAAUUUUCUCGAGAAAAUAUGUCUUGCUGUGGAGGAAACUGCGGUUGUGGAUCUGGCUGCAAGUGCGGCAACGGAUGUGGAGGUUGCAAAAUGUACCCUGACUUGGGAUUCUCCGGCGAGAGAACCACAACUGAGACUUUUGUCUUGGGCGUUGCACCGGCGAUGAAGAAUCAGUACGAGGCUUCAGGGGAGAGUAACAACGCUGAGAACGAUGCUUGCAAGUGUGGAUCUGACUGCAAGUGUGACCCUUGCACCUGUCUCUCUUCUCCAUUCAUGGCUAUGGAAGUGCACACUUGCGGUAGUUGUGGAUGGCCUUUUCUUGCGCUUGUUCCUUCCGAUAUCAGAGAUCCAGAGCAUCCUAAGCUUUCUUUAGAAGACCUCAAUGUUCUUACAGAAGAAUCAGUUGAAGUUGAUGAUGACAAGAGUUACGUUAGAAUUACAUUCACUCCAACUCUUCCACACUGUCACUUGCCAACCCCUAUUGGUCUUUGCCUCAUAGCAAAACUUGUACAAAGUUUACCUGCUAGAUUCAAGGUUGAUGUGAGAGUAGCACCAGGGAGUCAUGAUAAAGAGAAGACAGUCAAUAAACAACUUGGGGACAAAGAACGUGUGGCUGCAGGAUUAGAGAAUCCCGACUUGGUGGCUCUGCUUAAUACAAUGAUGCAAAUUAUGGCUGCGAAUCCUGGCCGUGGAGACCGUGGGAGAGGUGGUAGGGCAGUGGAUGACUACAAGUUGGACUUCAAGACGACCGAAGGCGUCGAGCCCAUCGCGAGUUUCGAAGAUAUGGGGAUUAAAGAGGAUGUUCUUCGUGGUUUAUACGAGUUCGGUUACGAGAAGCCCUCCGCCAUUCAGCAGAGGGCGAUCAUGCCGAUUCUCCAAGGGAGAGAUGUCAUUGCUCAAGCUCAGUCCGGUACGGGAAAGACCUCUAUGAUUGCUCUCUCUGUCUGCCAAGUCGUUGACACUUCGUCUAGAGAGGUUCAGGCCUUGAUAUUAUCUCCAACAAGAGAGCUGGCUUCACAAACAGAGAUGACGAUACAAGCUAUUGGAUCACACGGCAAUGUCCAGGCACAUACAUGCAUUGGUGGGAAGAGCGUUGGAGAAGACAUCAGGAAGCUGGAACAUGGUGUCCAUGUUGUGUCUGGAACACCUGGUCGUGUCUGUGACAUGAUAAAGAGGAGAAGUCUACGCACCAGAGCUAUUAAACUUCUGAUUCUUGAUGAGUCAGACGAAAUGCUGAGCAGAGGAUUCAAGGACCAAAUCUAUGAUGUCUACAGAUAUCUUCCACCUGAUAUUCAGGUUUGCUUGGUUUCUGCAACUCUACCUCACGAUAUUUUGGAGAUGACAUCCAAGUUUAUGACGGAUCCGGUGAAGAUACUUGUGAAGCGUGAUGAGUUGACUCUUGAGGGAAUAAAAAACUUUUUUAUUUCUGUUGAGAAAGAGGAGUGGAAGUUUGAGACACUAUGUGAUCUUUAUGACACACUUACCAUCACUCAAGCUGUUAUCUUCUGCAACACAAAACGAAAAGUGGACUUUCUUAGUGAGAAAAUGAGGAGCAGCAACUUCACUGUCUCAUCAAUGCAUGGGGACAUGCCUCAGAAGGAGAGAGACGAGAUCAUGAAUCAGUUUCGGACAGGUGAGAGUCGCGUUUUGAUCACAACAGAUGUAUUUGCACGCGGGAUUGAUGUGCAUCAAGUUUCUCUUGUCAUCAAUUAUGAUCUCCCCAACAACCGUGAGCUCUACAUCCAUCGUAUUGGACGGUCUGGUCGUUUUGGACGUAAGGGUGUUGCAAUCAACUUUGUUAAAAACGACGAUAUCAAGAUUCUCCGGGACAUUGAGCAGUACUACAGUACUCAGAUUGACGAGAUGCCAAUGAAUGUAGCUGAUCUUAUCUAAAACUCUUCUGUCUUCUGAAUGUAAUUUAGAAAAAAUAAAAUAAAAACAAAGUGAUAUUCAUAUUCCCUUCAUCGGUGAAUGAAUGAUUAAAUGUUCA